ACCUUGCAUUUCCCUUCGUCUCAAAAACAACAUAAAGUUUUAGCAAUACACUUCUAGUGCUUCAUUCUUUCUUUGAUCUCAUUUUUUAAAACCUUUUAGCUACCAUGGCUGUUCUAUCUUAUGAAUCAGAGUUCACUUCCACUAUCCCUCCAGCUAGGCUUUUCAAGGCCUUUGUCCUUGAUGCAGACAACCUCUUUCCAAAGCUCGCUCCCAACGCAGUUAAGUCUGUUGAAAUCAUUGAAGGAGAUGGAGGAUCUGGAACCAUUAAGAAGAUUACCUUUGGUGAAGGCAGCCACUUCAACUAUUCAAAGCAAAAGAUUGAAGUAGUCGACAAAGACAACUUUGUCUACGCCUACAGUUUGAUCGAAGGAGAUGCCUUGACAGACAAACUUGAGAAAAUCUCUUAUGAGAACAAGUUUGUUGCAGCUGAUGGAGGAUCCAUCAUCAAGAGUGUCAGCAAAUACCACACCAAGACCGAUGACCAUGAUAUCACUGAAGACAAGAUCAAAGCAGGGAAAGAAAAGGCUGCUCAUCUCUUCAAGGUUGUUGAGAAGUACCUCCAAGAGAAUCCUGAUGUCCACAACUAAACCAGUUUUAUUGUUCACUGUAGUGUGGUUUCGUAUUGUUUAUUCCCAUCGAUAUCUGUUUCUUGGGCUUGUUUUUGUUUUUCAGAAUGUUGAAGUGUGAACAAUUUUAUUUCUUUUUUAACGAUCAAAUACAGUACUGGCAAAUAGUGAAUUA